AUGGAUAUCCGCGUCCUCCGCCCCUCCGACAUCCCUCUGAUCCAGCACGCCAACAUCGAGAACCUUCCCGAGAACUACUUCCUCAAGUACUACCUGUACCACGCGCUGUCGUGGCCUCAGCUGUCCUAUGUGGCCGUCGACGUUUCGCGCCCGGCCAAGUCUGCUUAUGACUACCCCAAGAUCGUCGGCUACGUCCUGGCCAAGAUGGAGGAGGAGCCGACGGACGGGGUGCAGCACGGCCAUAUCACCAGCUUGAGUGUCAUGCGCACGCAUCGCAGGCUGGGAAUUGCGGAGAAGUUGAUGAGACAGAGUCAACAAGCAAUGGUAGAAACCUUCGGCGCGCACUACGUCUCCCUGCACGUGCGCGUCUCCAAUGCCGCCGCCAUCCACCUGUACCGCGACACGCUCGGCUUCAAGACCGAGAAGACGGAAGCCAAGUACUACGCCGACGGCGAGGACGCCUUUUGCAUGAAGCUCGACCUGUCCUAUAUCCGCGAGGCGAUCCAGGCCGAGCAGCUCGAGCAGGAGGGCGGUGACAAGAGGGAGAAGCAGCAAAUUGAGGAAGGCAAGGGUGGCUCCGAGGGGGUAGAUGAGGGUGAGGCGGUUGGUGAUGUUGGUCGUGAUCCUGAGGCUGAUAAGGAUAGCAAAAAGGAGGAUAAGACGGUCAAGGUCAAGGUUGGUAGGGGGUUAGGUGUUGGUGAGUUGGUGGAGAGGGAUGAGAGUAAACACUAG